CAUUAAUAUAACAAAAUCUACAUUCUCACUUCUCAUCUCCCAAAAUCUACCCCAACUCCAAACAAACCAAACCCAUUCAGGUAGCUUCUUCUUCAGUCUUUCCCACUUCAUCACACUCUUCACACUUCCACAACAACCCUUAAACAAUGGAGAGAGAAGGAGUUCAAGAACGAAUGCAUUCUUCUCGACGAGCUGCAGUUUCAGAUGACGGUAACGAAAACGAUGAAUCCGAUGAUGAGUCUAAAACCAAAAAGUUUAUCCCAUUUUCCACUCGUUUUAUCAAUUUUGUUACUCGUUAUACCCUUAUUUGGCCUUGUCUUGCUUUCGCUUUUAUACUCGUUCUAAUCACUUCUACCAUCGUUUUCUAUUCUCGUUCUCUUGUUUGCGUUUCUUCUUCGGCUACUCAUUCUCGGUUCGCUUUUUUUGGGUUUGAUGGACUUGAAUCGGAUUUUGGAUCUCUUGGUGUUCCUUGGUGCAGAUCGAAACAUGGAAAAACAGUGGAAUGGACGUCCAAGGAUCUGCAAAGUGCUUUAGAAGAGUUUGUGCCUAUAUACGAAACUCGACCAAUAAAAAAUAACAUGUAUGGCAUGGGAUUUGACCAUAGCUUUGGACUCUGGUUUGUUGCUCGAUGGCUGAAACCGGACCUUAUGAUAGAAAGCGGUGCUUUUAAAGGGCAUUCCACCUGGGUACUCCGUCAGGCUUUGCCAGGAACUAGAAUCAUAUCAGUUACACCACGUCAUCCCGAGAAGUAUCUAGUCAAGGGUCCAGCAUAUGUUGAUCGAAAUUGCACAUACUUUGCAGGAAAAGGCUUCGUAGAUUUCGGAAACAUUGAUUGGAAAAGUGUUAUGAAGAAACAUGGUGUUACCGAUCUAAGUCGAGUUCUUAUCUUCUUUGAUGACCAUCAGAGUGAAUUAAAAAGAUUGCAGCAAGCUCUAAAAGCCGGUUUCAGACAUAUUAUUUUUGAAGAUAAUUACGACACAGGAACCGGAGAUCAUUACUCCUUGAGACAAAUCUGUGAUCAAACCUAUAUAAGAGGUGGUGGCCACAGUUGUUUUAAAGACGGUGAUGAAGCUAGAAUAAGAGCUAAAAGGAAACCUUUCUGGGAAAAAGCCAUGGAUAUCGAUGAACUCUGUGGGCCUGGUGAAUCGUGGUGGGGUGUCAGAGGGUACAUGCGAGACGACUUUAACCACAGCAACAAGUUAAUCACAUACUCAGAACACUUCCAGAACAGUAGAUUUGUGGAAUCAAUUCUAGAGGUAUAUUGGGAAGUUCCACCUGUAGCCGGUCCAUCUCUAACUCACCAAACAAGAUAUGAUCCCGCACGUUCUGUACCACCUAUUGUUGAAGAUGGUCGAUACGGCCUCUUCCAAAGGCUCGGUCUUGGUAGACUUGAAACAUCUGUAUUUAAUGGAUACACUCAGAUGGUUUAUGUUCAAAUUUCCGAACCUGAAUCUUAGUAUUGUCAGAGAUAUAUAGGCAGUAAACAUCGUUUGUAGUCGAUCUUCAGCAUCGAUAUUUCCUUUUUUUACCUCAAGUGUUCCUCAACGUUCGAGUUUUGUAAUCAUAGCUCAUAAUUUUCCUUUCCCUAACCUACAUAAUUAUUGAGUUAGUCUAAUUGAUUUCUUUUGUUGAUUGUUAUGAUGUUUAUUAUAAGCUUUCUAUCUUUUACUUUUU